AUGGAUGUUCAUAAUGAUUUUCAUUCUGAACCAAAUGGUCAAUCAUUAAAAAAUAAUGAUAUUAUCACACCAAUUAAUUCAACUAAUCUUGGUCACCAAUUAUUAGAAAAAAUCGGUUGGAUACCUGGUAAUGGUCUUGGUGUAAAUCAAAAUGGAAUAAAAAUACCUAUUGAAGUUAAUAUUCGUAAUCGUCGACAAGGUUUAGGUUAUGAAAAACAAAUCGAUAGAUAUCAAUAA